AUGCAGACAGCCUCCACGUUAGAACAAAGCAAAGCCGUCAACGAGGCGAAGGAAGUCGGCCUUCGUGAACCGAAACUUCUCGAGGCACUCACGAUCGUUGUAGCGGGUAAGCGAGAAGAGGACGUCCGGAAUGGUGAGGCGCUCAGCCGCUGCAGUGCGACGUCGAUGAAGUGCGAAGAGCCGAAAAGCAAAGCCGUCAACGAGGCGAAGGAUGUCGGCCUUCGUGAACCGAAACUUCUCGAGGCACUCACGAUCGUUGUAGCGGGUAAGCGAGAAGAGGACGUCCGGAAUGGUGAGGCGCUCAGCCGCUGCAGUGCGACGUCGAUGAAGUGCGAAGAGCCGAAAGUGCAGUAA